AUGGCACCCUACGUGGAGGAGCCGAACGAGUCAAUUCUCACCGCAUCCACCAAGAGGGCGCCGAACCUCGUGGCACCGGAACCAGAACAUUGCCCUGGCCCCGAGUCCGAGAAAGCAGGCCAAGGCGAUGCUUGUGCUGGCUGCCCCAACCAACAGAUUUGCGCCACUGCGCCCAAAGGCCCCGACCCAGACAUCCCUAUCAUCACCGAGCGCCUCUCACAAAUCAGACACAAGAUCUUAGUCCUCUCCGGAAAGGGAGGCGUCGGUAAAUCGACAUUCACUAGUCUCCUCGCACAUGCCUUCGCCACGAACCCCGAGUCCACCGUUGGCGUCAUGGACACCGAUAUCUGUGGACCCUCGAUCCCCAAGAUGAUGGGCGUGGAGGCCGAGACGAUCCAUGUAAGCAACGCGGGCUGGAGUCCCGUCUGGGUGACGGACAACCUGGGCGCGAUGAGUGUACAGUUCAUGCUUCCGAAUCGCGACGAUGCGGUCAUUUGGCGCGGGCCAAAGAAGAAUGGCUUGAUCAAACAGUUCCUCAAGGAUGUGGAUUGGGGCGAGCUGGACUAUCUCAUUGUUGAUACGCCGCCUGGUACCUCUGACGAGCAUCUCUCUGUCAACUCACUUCUCAAGGAGUCUGGUGUCGAUGGUGCUGUAGUUGUGACUACCCCGCAGGAGGUAGCCUUAUUGGAUGUCCGCAAGGAAAUUGACUUCUGCCGGAAAGCUGGAAUCAAGGUCCUUGGUUUGGUGGAGAACAUGUCUGGAUUUGUAUGCACUAAUUGCCAUACCACAUCUCAGAUCUUCCGUAAAACUACUGGCGGAGGACGUCGUUUGGCGAAGAAGAUGGGCAUCCCGUUUUUAGGUGCGGUUCCACUUGAUCCUCGCAUCGGUAUGGCAUGUGACUAUGGCGAGAGCUUCGUGGACAGCUUCCCCGAUAGCCCUGCCUCUAUCGCUAUCAAGCGUGUUGUCCGUGCAGUCGGCGAGGCCGUUGGAGAGAACCCAGAGGAUGUUCUUCCUGAAGAUAUGGUCGCUUGA